GGAGGCGCGGGGCCUGCUCCCGCGGUCACCAUGGCCAAGACCGUGGCCUAUUUCUACGACCCGGACGUGGGAAACUUCCACUAUGGGGCUGGACACCCUAUGAAGCCUCAUCGCCUAGCACUGACCCACAGCCUCGUUUUGCACUACGGCCUCUAUAAGAAAAUGAUCGUCUUCAAGCCAUACCAGGCCUCCCAACACGACAUGUGCCGCUUCCACUCUGAAGACUACAUCGACUUCCUGCAGAGAGUCAGCCCCACCAAUAUGCAGGGUUUCACCAAGAGCCUGAAUGCCUUCAACGUGGGCGAUGACUGCCCUGUGUUCCCCGGGCUCUUUGAGUUCUGCUCCCGUUACACAGGCGCAUCUCUGCAAGGAGCAACCCAGCUGAACAACAAGAUCUGUGAUAUUGCCAUUAAUUGGGCCGGUGGUCUGCACCAUGCCAAGAAGUUUGAGGCCUCGGGCUUCUGCUACGUCAAUGACAUUGUCAUCGGGAUCCUGGAACUGCUCAAGUAUCACCCUCGGGUGCUCUACAUUGAUAUUGACAUCCACCAUGGUGAUGGGGUGCAGGAGGCCUUCUACCUCACAGACCGGGUCAUGACAGUGUCCUUUCACAAAUAUGGAAAUUACUUCUUCCCUGGCACAGGUGACAUGUAUGAAGUUGGGGCCGAGAGUGGGCGCUACUACUGCCUCAAUGUGCCGCUGCGGGAUGGCAUCGAUGACCAGAGUUACAAGCAUCUUUUCCAGCCAGUUAUCAACCAAGUAGUGGACUUCUACCAACCCACCUGCAUUGUGCUCCAGUGUGGCGCUGACUCUCUGGGCUGUGAUCGAUUGGGCUGCUUCAACCUCAGUAUCCGAGGACAUGGGGAAUGUGUCGAAUAUGUCAAGAGCUUCAAUAUCCCCUUACUGGUGCUAGGUGGAGGUGGCUAUACUGUCCGAAACGUUGCACGUUGCUGGACUUACGAGACAUCACUGCUGGUAGAAGAGGCCAUUAGCGAGGAGCUUCCCUAUAGCGAAUACUUUGAGUACUUCGCCCCGGACUUUACGCUCCAUCCUGACGUCAGCACCCGCAUCGAGAAUCAGAAUUCACGCCAGUACCUGGACCAGAUCCGCCAGACCAUCUUUGAGAACCUGAAGAUGCUGAACCACGCCCCCAGUGUCCAGAUUCACGAGGUGCCCUCCGACCUGCUGACCUACGACAGGACGGAUGAGGCCGAUGCAGAGGAGAGGGGUCCUGAGGAGAACUACAGCAGGCCAGAGGCACCCAAUGAGUUCUACGAUGGAGACCACGACAACGACAAGGAAAGCGAUGUGGAAAUUUAAGAGCCGCUUGGAAUGAUCUGGCCUAAGGAAUUCCUUUUCACCGCUUGGUUGGACCGAGAGAGAAGGUGGCAGCUCCCCAGCCCUGGCUGGGCCACCCCCAGGGGUUGUCAUCAACUCUGGAGAAGUUCUUCGGAGCCCACAUCUGCUUCUAGAUCCACUAUUCCUUUCCCUGUCCCUCCCAAGGCCUACCAGUGGCACCUAUUAGGGGAGGAAGGCAGGCAGGCAAGGAGAGCUGCCCUGGGUCAUUUGGGACAUUGGACCUUAAUGGUCAGGCCUCAGCCCUUCUGACCCUAUUACUCCUUCCCUACUUCCCUCCAACAAGAGACGUUUAGGACUGAAUCCCCAGUGGAGGACUCGAUGCCUCUGGCUUCCUCCGUUCCCAGGUUCUGCUGCUGCAGACCUUGUUUCUAGGACAGGUGAGGAGAGAACUUCCCAGAGGACUCUGGCCUCAUAGCACCAGAGGGAAGUUUUGAGUUGGGGGAGAAUAUAGAAAAGGGCUUUAUGUCCCUUUUACCACGGUUUUUAUCCAAUAAAUCAAGUUGGUAUUUUUUGUA